CCGGCGCUUCCCAGAGGGCUUUUCGACGUGACGCCACUUCCGAUGCCAGGAAAUUACGUCUUCAUUACCCAUCAACCCUCUGAUGUUGUUGUAGUGCAGCAGCAGUGCAAACGGCAGUUUCAAGGUGAAAAGGAGUGAGUUCACUACUGGGGCAGCGUUUCAGUUGUCACAAUGGGUGAAAGAAAAGGAACAAACAAGUAUUAUCCUCCAGAUUUUGAUCCAGCCAAGCAUGGAUCCCUCAAUGGCUACCAUAAGACCCACGCCCUGCGUGAGAGAGCCCGGAAACUGUCCCAGGGCAUCCUCAUUAUCAGGUUUGAAAUGCCUUACAACAUCUGGUGUGAUGGCUGCAAAAAUCACAUUGGCAUGGGGGUUCGGUACAAUGCGGAGAAGAAGAAAGUGGGGAACUAUUACACCACGCCAAUUUACAGGUUUCGGAUGAAGUGCCAUCUCUGUGUGAACUACAUUGAGAUGCAGACAGACCCAGCCACUUGUGACUAUGUCAUAGUAAGCGGGGCUCGCAGGAAGGAGGAGCGCUGGGACAUGGCUGAGAAUGAACAGAUUCUCACUACAGAGCGGACAGAGAAGGAGAAGCUGGAGACGGAUGCCAUGUACAAACUGGACCACGGUGGGAAAGACAAGGAGAAGCUAAAAAAGGCUCUGCCAUCUCUGUCAGAGAUCCAGGACUAUCAGGCCGGGAAGAAGGAUGACUUCCAGCUCAACAGCACCCUCCGUAGGAAAUUCAGAGAAGAGAAGAAAGUUCUGGCUGAUCAGGAGGAGAAGGAUAAUGCGGUGAGGAUGAGAACCAACUUAUCCAUCCCACUGUUACCAGAGAAGGAGGAGGAUAAGAAACUGGCAGCACUACUUACCUACCAGACACCUGACUCAUAUGAGGACAAACAGCAGAGCAAAAGGAAGGAGAUCGCCUCUCGUUCAUGGUUUAACUCCGCAUCGACACCACCAGGUGGUGCUGCAGGCAGCCUGCUCCAUAAGCUUGGUCUCCAGGGGAAAGAAGUAGCUGUGGCCAAAGCCCUGGGUUCCUCACACAGUCCUUUAAUCCGCAAACGGACAUCACAGUCUGAAAUCAAGACUGAACAGCGUGCCACCAUCACCCGCAGAAAGUCACACCAUGAUGUCAGCACAAGCGAUGGGGACAUUUCAUUGGCCACACCCACAGUGGAAACCUCGUGUAUAGUAUCGGAACAAGUGGUUCAGAAUGAGACAAAGGGUGAUGGUUUCAAGGAAGUACAUAUCAGACCUACAGAGGAAGCAGACACAAAACUGACAAAUGGAAAGGUGGAGGACCGAAGUAAAUGCUCAGGAGGAGUCACAUCUCUGGUGGCAGACUACAGUGACUCGGAUUCAGAGUCUGGACAGUGAGACUGAAUGAUAAAUGGGACACAUUGUGUUUUCAGUGAAGAGUCAGAAGAAAAAUGGAGACAUAAACAAACUGUAGAUAUUUGUCACAGCUGCACACGUCUCACAUAGGCUUCUUUUAUCUGCUGAAGUAAUAGUGCUGCAUUCAUCUUUAGGAUCUGUGUGGCCUGCAGAUUACAGUGUCAUGAUUGUGUCAUGUGUGAAUGUGUUGGAAAAAAUGUUUAGAACUUGACCCAGCAUAUGGUAUUUGGUUAUCUAACUCGCAUGCCUCAGAUGCCCAAACAUGUGUCCCAGUCAUAAAACAGCCAAGAAGCUUGUAAAAUUAAAUGUAAAUUGCUUCAUCUAGUAUUGCUGCAUUUUUAUUUAAAUUUUAGUUCACUAUGUUGGCUCAAAGUGUUGAAACUAUCCAUCCACAGUAGAAUAACUUGUAUCAGAUGCAAAGUUCAUUUUUACCACAGGCCUGAGGGGGUGUACUGCAAAGGAAGUUCAGUUUUCAGUUCAGUUUUCUGAUGCAGGCUUUGUGUGCACUCACACAAAAAGGGGCACAAAAUGAUCUCUAUGAGCGCUGCCUACUCCAGUCGUCGAUGUUAUCAGAUGAUGAUAAAACAGGGAUUACAAAUGAAUAAAGAAUAUAAGAAACAGAAGACUGUUGCAAUAAAACAGGAAAUAAAUACUGCAGAAAAUCAUUGCUCUUAGAAUUUCAGCUGCAAAGUGGAAAAUAAAUAUUUUUAGAUCAUUAUUUUAUCGCUAAUUCUCAGUAUUGGUGUUUAUUUUUAAAGUGACAGCUGCAUAUUGGCGUUCUGAAACUUUAAACCAGAUACAUUUAAACAUUAAAGGUUAAUGUCCCCGCUGUGGUGAAAUCCCUUUAGUUUUUUGCCAGAUCGAAAAGAAAUAAAUUUUAUUGAUUUAUCCUUGGUGAUAAAAACCCAGAUCAGUUGGCUGCUCUAGUAGCUGCAAUUCCAGCAGUGUAAAAAAAAAAAAAACCUUAGCAGCAGAUUAACACUAAGGUGUCACAGCCUGGCCCAAACUAUAUGUCACUGAAGCGUGAGACCAUACGUAGACUUAGGUUGUUAAAUAACUUCAUGAAGUAAAGAAACUUAAAAAAAAAAAGCUUGAGUAAUUGUCAGCAUAUGCAUGUCAUGUCUGAAAGCGUUGGUGUAUGAGUGAGUAUGUGCCAACACCAAAAACAAAAUGCUUUGUCAGCCAAGCAGCACCCAUUAAGAAAAGAAAGGAGGCCCCAAGAGGCCCUGGCAGGGCUUCUUUAUAGGGGAUCUUAGCCUGACCUGCUCAGGUGUGCAUUUCCAUAAAACAGGCUUCUACCCUGAAACAAAACUGGAAAACUAUUGACAUUGUAAAUAAACCUAACAAAUGUAACAUA